GUCCCAAUCUCUCUCUCUCUCCCUCUCUGAUCCCGUCUCCCUCCUCAGACUGCUCUCACUCUCUGGACAGAGCUUCAGGAACUCACAGGCCAUUUGCUGCCUCCUCUCUGCACACAGACCUCAGGGGAAAACCCAGAGCUCCUUACCAUGGCGAAUUCUUUCACCCGCAUGAUUUCUGGUCGUAACACAGCCGUGAUUUUAGCCAGCAUUGGAGCCAGCACUCUGGCAUCUGGAUACCUCCUCAGUGAGAGCGCUGCUGCAGCUGAGAGGAAGAGGCUCUAUCCACCCAGUGCUGAUUUCCCCGACCUGAGAAAGCACAACAACUGCAUGGCAACGGCCCUGACCCCCAAAAUUUAUGCGCAGCUCAGGGACAAAACAACCCCCAACGACUGGACCCUGGAUCAGUGCAUCCAGACUGGGGUGGACAACCCAGGACACCCCUUCAUCAAGACUGUGGGUAUGGUGGCUGGAGACGAGGAGAGCUACGAGGUGUUUUCAGAGCUAUUUGACCCUGUGAUCAAAGAAAGACACAAUGGCUAUGACCCCCGUUCAAUGAGGCACACCACUGACCUGGACUCUUCCAAGGUCACCUCAGGUAUGUUUGAUGAGCGCUACGUGUUGUCAUCUCGUGUCCGUACUGGCCGCAGCAUCCGUGGACUGAGCCUUCCCCCUGCGUGCGCCCGCUCUGAGCGCCGUGAGGUGGAGCGUGUGGUUGUGACCGCUUUGUCUGGGCUGAAGGGAGAACUGUCUGGUCGCUACUACAGCCUGGGAGAGAUGUCUGAUAGAGAGCAGCAGCAGCUUAUUGACGAGCACUUCCUGUUUGAUAAACCUGUGUCACCUCUGCUUAUGUCCGCUGGGAUGGCCAGAGACUGGCCUGAUGCUCGUGGGAUCUGGCACAACAAUGAGAAGAACUUCUUAAUCUGGAUCAAUGAGGAGGAUCACACCAGGAUCAUAUCCAUGGAGAAAGGAGGAAACAUGAAGAGAGUGUUUGAAAGGUUCUGCAGAGGUCUCAAGCAGGUGGAGCAUUUAAUCCAGGAGAGAGGUUGGGAGUUCAUGUGGAAUGAGCGUCUGGGCUACGUCCUCACCUGCCCCUCUAACCUUGGCACUGGACUCAGGGCCGGUGUGCAUAUUCGCCUUCCCUUCCUCAGCAAGGACCCUCGCUUCAAGAAGAUCCUGGAUAACCUGAGGCUACAGAAGAGAGGCACAGGAGGUGUCGACACGGCUGCUACUGGAGACACUUUUGACAUCUCCAACCUCGACCGCCUUGGAAAGUCAGAGGUGGAGCUCGUGCAGCUGGUGAUUGACGGAGUAAACUACCUUAUUGAAUGUGAGAAGAGGCUGGAAAGAGGGCAGGACGUCAAGAUCCCCUCCCCCAUCCCUCAGUUCAGGAAGUGAGCAUCAACUCAGCUUGGACCCCUGGAAUUAAUGAAACCCUCCGACUACUAACCUUUCUUUGAAGCUAUUUAAGCUUUUCAUAACAUGUAUAGCACUGUACACUAUGAAUAAAAUGUAGAGAACUUCUAAACACAAUAAAGUCUCUUGAUGAACUGUCA